AUGGUCACUGAAAGCCAAGAACAAUUCCCAAAGUUUGAGUUGGCUUUUGAAACUACAGCUUGUGUUUUCGGGUUGCGUUUUCUCUUCGUCCUUUCUUCACUUGGAACUUCUCGACUACCUUACACAUGCUAUGUGUCAGAAUAUGGUGAUAGACCUGCGGUAUUAUUCCGGUCACCCACGAUAUAUUCUCUGCUGCCCUCUGUUCCUACUGGCCAAAUUACCGCACCGAAAACAACAACGCUGACCUAUGACGCACUGGAUACACUUUCAAACACAAUCGCAAGCUCUUUACGAUCUCUGGGAGUCAAAAAGGGCGAUCGUGUAGCUGUGAGUCUGGGAAACGUCACUGAAAAUGCCGCCUUGACGUAUGCCAUUUUCAAGCUUGGGGCGAUUCUGGUGCCUCUCAACCCGACCUUCAACGCACAGCAACUGGUUGCGGCACUUGAUCAUCUCAGCGCCGAGAUUCUCAUCAUUGGCGCCGUUACAGAUCUUCCAUACAAACCAUGUAGGGGUCGCAGCAAUCUCCCUCUCUUGCAGUCAUUUCUACCCAACUUGAAAGGCAAGAUCGAGUCUUCCGAGGUUCCCAGUCUGAAGCGUGUCGUGAUGGUGGACAAUACGUCUUUCCACGAUCAGGUGGAUUUUCCCGUUCAAGAGUUCCGAGCUCUGACCCCAUUUUCGCAACUGCUCGACGGAUCGCCUCGAUCACUCACGCCUGACUCACCUUUGUCAGCCGAUGAGACCAUCAAUAUCCAGUUCACAAGCGGGACAACCUCGCUCCCCAAGGCGGCCAUGCUGUCUCAUACUAACAUCUUGAACAACGGCCACUUUAUAGCGAAACGCAUGGGUCUUGUACCCGAGGAUUUUAUCACCUGUCCGGCCCCCUUAUUCCACUGCUUCGGCUCAGUACUGGGGAUCAUGGCAACAGCUACUACUGGCGCGGCUCUCUGUUUUCCAUCGCCAGCGUUCGACCCAGCUGCUAGUCUACACAUGGUUGCCGAGCAACACGCAACUGGUCUCUAUGGCGUUGCGACCAUGUUCGUUGCCGAGCUCGAGCUGCUUUCCAAUCCGGCAUUUUCCGCCAAAUUACCAGAGGGGGCCUUUAGCAAGCUGAGGAAGGGCAUCGCCGCGGGUAGUUCGGUACCCGAGUCGCUCAUGCGCCGCUUAUUCAAAACGGUUGGUCUACAGGAUCUGGUCAUUUGUUAUGGGCAGACGGAGACGAGCCCCGUCUCCCUCAUGACGGCCCCCGACGACCCGCUGGAGAAGAGGACAGGAACCGUAGGCCGAGCCAUGCCGCACACGGCCGUCAAGGUCAUCGACCCCCUCGACCGCACGCGGGUUUUGCCCCUGGGCGAGCGAGGCGAGCUGGCCUCUUCGGGCUACCUCGUCAUGAAGGGAUACUACAACGACGAGGCGCGGACGGCCGAGGACCGCAUCGCUGACCCAGACGACGGCGGCCGCGUAUGGAUGUACUCGGGCGACGAGGCGCGGAUGGACGACCAGGGCUACGUCGAGAUCACGGGCCGCAUCAAGGACCUCAUCAUCCGCGGCGGCGAGAAUAUCCACCCGCUCGAGGUGGAGAACUGCAUCUUUCAGUGUCCUGGCGUCCAGGAGGUCAGCGUCGUCGGCGUGCCCGACGACAAGUACGGGGAGUCGGUGGGCGCCUUUGUGGUACCGGCCCAGGGCUGCGCGACGAUAUCGGACGCUGAUCCGUCUUCUGGAGGAAGCGGCGGCAAUGAAUUGCGUGAAGAGGACAUUAGGCGCUGGGUCAAGGAGAAGCUCAGUGGCCACCUCGUGCCCAAGCACAUUUGGUGGAUUGAUGAAUACCCCAAAACGGCCAGCGGAAAGAUUCAAAAGUACAAACUCAGAGAUAUGGCUGCUGACCUUCUCAAGAAGGAACAAUAG